UUGACAGGAGCCUCCACCAAUGUAUAUAAUAAUAUAUGUAUUUUAAAAAUAUAAAGUAUAUUGACGCCAAAGAAGAGCACUGGAAUGACCUUUCAGCUGUGAGACAAGGGACUCCGGCCGGUGGGUCGCCGGUAAGGUUCGAGGUCGCCACUACCCGCGCCAACUACAAAUAGCAGAUGAGCUCCAGUCAUUUGUACAGUCAGUGGCAUCCCGAGCUACCUUCGCAUACUCAUCUCCAGAAAUGGCUUACACUCAGGUUUUCGCUCUGCUGUUGGCAGCUGUUGCCGUUUCUGGCCAGUACUACCAGAACCCAGGUUAUUACAACCCAGGUUACUACAACCAGGGAUACUACAACCCAGGUUACUACAACGCCGCUCCCGCCGUCGCUGAACCAAGCCGUGACUACGCCUUCAACUACCAAGUUGCUGACCCAGUCACUGGUGACUUCAAGGAACAACAGGAGAGCAAGCACGGAGACGUCGUUGAAGGCAGCUACUCCCUGGUUGAGCCCGAUGGUUCAGUGAGGACCGUCCAAUACACAGCCGCCCCCGGCGCUGGCUUCAACGCUGUUGUUUCCAAGUCUGCCGCCUCCGCCCCUGUUGCUCCCGCCGCCCCCGCUUACAAGGCCCCAGUUGCCGCCCCUGUUGCCGCCUCCUACCCUUACGCUUACCGUGGAUACCCAUAUGCCGCCGCUCCUUACUACUAGACUCUACCAUCUAAAAAACUACUUAGUUCUACGUCUUCAACAAACUAUCAAACAACAUUUUUAUUCUUCGCUUAACACUAUAUUCAGAUGAGUUUCCACUUGAAUUCUUACUUUACUUCUGAACUGUCUCUCUUUGUAGAUUAUUUUCUUGAUCCCAUGAAAGUUAGUGGACUAUAAGUUGACACUAAAGUCUAUAGAAAAACGUAUACUUUUCCUAAUUCCUACUGUUUAUUCAUGUUAUUUCUAUAUCUCUUCUCUAUAAACGAAUCAAUACCAGAUAACAAAUAAUGAGUUCUUGGACUUUGAAAGUGUUGUUUGAAGUGGAUGCAGUGGAAUCGAGUGGAUACCAAGUGCAGCCGUAUAAUUUAACCGACAAAAGAUGUAAUGGACUAUGGCCAGUAUACUACUUAUUAUUUGAAGAAUCAAAAAAUGAAGGCUAAUAUGUGAUACUUACCAGGAAAUAAAUUCUAAAAUGUGUUGUAUGAAUUACAUUUGUAAAUAAAUCACUGUGUUUCUUGAA